CUGUGCGGAUAUUUAGUCCGGGGAGGGAGAGCAGCUUUCGGCACAACACCGAGCGGAGCGGAGAGAGGAAACUCGGUUUGGGGUGAAAGAGGCUGAAACCGGCCGCGAGUUACUACAGCUUUAAACUUCUGAGGGGGAACCGGAGGCGGAGAGGGAGGACCGCCGUGUUUCUCCGUGUUUCUGCGUGUUUCUCGGUGUUUAUUACCGAGACGACCUCGCUCGCGCUCGUCUUCCGUCGCUGGACUCCAGGAAGCGAACAGGUGAAACACACCUGUUCACACAGUUCAGCCAGGACAGGACAGCCAUGCGCGCGCUCUGAGCACUGAACCCGGGGAAACCUCGAGAAACUCGCUCCAGUUCUGCGGUUUGAGGAUUUUUAAUAGAUUUAUAAUCUCAUACAGCAGCAACAUGGACUAAAUUAAGGAAUUAAGGACCUGUAUCGCGUCGGAGAGGAAGACGUCUUCACUUGACCUUAAUUUACGUUCAUUAACGAUUCGUGCACACGUCACAACGCCGUCGUGUCUACAUCGUCUGCGUUGACAUUGUUGUUGCUGUUAUUUCUGCUGUUUUAAAAAGUCUCUAAACUCUUGGAAAUUGUUGAAAAAAUAAAAAAGAAGCCUAAAAAAACUUGCUAAAACCCACAAAAAAAGACGUUUUAAUGGGCAACCAAGUGGAAAAACUGACCCAUUUGAGUUACAGCGAAGUUCCCACAGCGGACCCCAACGGAUACGAGCCAACGGAGGAUGACUGUCCCCGAAUCGGAGUGUCCUACAUCUUCUCCAAUGACGACGAGCAAGACGACAAUGUCGACGGCAAUGCCGACGACAUGGACAAGGACGACGACGGGAACCGAUACGACGGAAGGAACGAGUUGGAGUGCGUCGUCUACUAUCGCGACGAGACCGUGUACGAAAGGACCCCCAGGUCCAUCGAGGCGGCCACCCAGCCCUGCGAGAACCUGCUGAACGACUCCAAAGCCGGGGACCUGCUGGAGUUCGUGGCCGCCGGGCAGUACCCACACUGGGUCGUGUUUGUUGGGGACUUGCAAGUAGUCCACCUGCACAGGGGCGAGAUCAAGGUGGACUUCCUGGUGGACGCUUGUCAGGGACGACGAGGGCGAGUUGUAAACGAGUUGUACAAAUUCCGCCCCCUGCGGCCGGCUGCGGUGGUGCAGGCUGCAAUGGACCAAGUUGGGGUUAAAGAUGGGGACCUGUGCUGGAGGAACUCUGAGUGUUUCGCCGCCUGGUGCCGCUUUGGCCGCCGGGAGUUUAAGGUGGGAGGCGAGAUCCGAAUCGGCAAGCAGCCGUACAGGAUGAAGCUGCAACUGAGUGAGAAGAAGAGCCACGUCUUGGAGUUCCAGAGCUUGGAGGACUUGGUCAUGGAGAAGAGAAGGAACGACCAGAUCGGACGGGAGGCCGUACUGCAAGAACUGGCCAACCAUUUGAACUGCAGCGAGGAGGUUGAUAGCGGCUACGGUUGUAACUGAUGAGGCAACCUGCCUGAUUGGCUUGUUCAUUGGCCUGCUCUGGCCUCAGACGCCCUACCUGAAACCCUACCUGUGUGUCAUUUCCUGCUGAUUCACAUCUGAUGCAGCUCUCUCGACAAGGAGAAGUGGAUGGUUAAGUAAUUGCAUCACUCAGGUUGUGGGGGGAGCACAGAACAGUGCUGUGCAAUGCUGGUGGACUUCAGGAACCUAUUGGCUCCAUUUCUUUUGAAGGAUUAAAAUAAUAAUAAUGUACUUUUUUUUCUUGCUUCACCCUCUUGCUUUGUCUCAAGCUGGUGGUUUUAGGUCAGCGAAUGCUGGAAAUGUACUGUUAAAGGGGUAUUCCACUGAUUUCUACAAAAUUUCUGUAAAAUGGUUAAUAAAUGGUUAAGUAAGGCAAAGUGGUCAUUCAGAGUGGGUUUGGUGUGGAACGCUGCAUUCUAGGAAACCUAGGAACCAAGGACAGAGUUGUUGUUAUUUACAGAUGUGGAUAGAAAAGUCUGAAGAAUGUAAUGCCUCUAAAUGCUACAACAAUGCAAUAAUACAAAAAAAAGGUUUCUGUGUGAAAAUGAAUAUCAAAUAGCUAAAAAUAAUAAUACACUGAAAUGUAUGAGACAUUGUAUGAGAUCAAUAGUUUUGACACAAGAACAAGGCAUUGUAAGUCAAAAUAAUCCCUCCAAAUAUUUUAGAUUAAACAAAACAUAAGUAAAUUCAUAUAUCUAGUGUUUGUAAGGCAUAACUACUUUUUAUUGGACGAUAUAUCAUACAAGAAAUUUACAAAAAAAAACAA